AUGCCUCCAUCAGAGAAUCAGUGCAGCUUUCACAUCGAGAGUGUCUCCUCAGGCUCAGGGCAGCAGCCAUUCCUUAACGGAGACAAACCAAGCUUUGUGCCACCGCCACCUGCCCUCGGCCUCAACGGACAUAUCGAUGGCCAAUUGAAAGGCUGGAGAGAGACUUUGAACGACGACGACUUUGCCGUGCUUGCUCUGCGAAACUUGAUCUUCGAUAUCUGCAAUCAAAAUGGAGGCGGCCACGGGGGAUCAGCCAUUGGCAUGGCGGCCAUCGGGGUAGCCCUGUACAAACAUGUCAUGCGUUACAACCCCAACAACCCCAGCUGGUUUGACAGAGACCGAUUUGUGCUUUCAAACGGCCACACCGCCAUGUUUCUUUAUGCACUCAAUUAUUUGGUUGGAUAUGACAACUUUUCCAUGGACGAGAUCAGAGGAUAUGGAAGUGCCAAAACAAACGGCUACAAGACAAUUUGCCACGCGCACCCUGAAAUCGAAGUUCCUGGAGUGGAAGUCACGACAGGCCCCUUGGGCCAAGGCAUCGCCAAUGCUGUCGGCCUCGCCAUCGCAUCUAAACAUCUCGCGGCGCGCUACAAUCAACCAGGACUUGAUGUCGUGCAAUCGAGAAUAUACUGCAUGACUGGUGACGGGUGCCUCAUGGAGGGGGUUGCUCUCGAGGCUAUCUCCCUUGCUGGUAGUAUGCAGCUCGACAACUUGGUACUGAUUUACGACAAUAACCAAGUAACCUGCGACGGACCGCUUGACUGGAUCAACAAUGAGGAUGUCAAUGCAAAGAUGCGCGCCUCGGGAUGGCAUGUUUUGGAGAUCGCCGAUGGCAACCACGAUGUUAGUGCAGUGGUCUCAGCGCUCAGAUUCGCAAAGUCGUUGAAAGGCAAGCCCGUCUUUAUCAACAUACGGACAGUCAUCGGCCUGGGUACCAAUGUCGCUGGUACUUUCAAGGCUCAUCAUGGUGCAUUUGAUGCCGAAAGUGUGGCCUUGUCGAAGCGCUUAGCUGGACAAGACCCAACAGCUACGCACCAAGUCCCACAACCGUCUCUGGACUACUUUCGCGAGCGAAAGACGCGCGGAAAGGAGCUUGAAGAAGAGUGGAACAGCAUGUUACAGAAGUAUGCAUCGGCGUACCCGGAGAAGUCAUUGGAGUUCCAUGGAGCCAGAAAUGGCGACCGCGGGACUGAAGCACCUCAAAUGCUCAGUGAAAUCGAGGCAGGCCAAUUCGAGGGGCUAGCAACUCGUGAGGUCAACGGUGUUCUUCUGGAAAAGCUCUGGAAAUCCUGCCCGACUUUAUUUGGCGGGGGCGCCGAUCUCGUCAACUCAAACAAGGUCCCUUACCUCGAAGCCGAUGCCGCGCCUGGCGUCCGCAUGGGGUCCUUGAGCCAUUUACCGGUCAUUCACAUCGCCACUCACGAUUCAUUCGCCGAGGGACAAAACGGCCCAACCCAUCAACCAGUUGAGAUCGAUUCCUUGUAUCGCGCGAUGCCUAAUCUUGCGUACAUCAGGCCUUGCGAUGCGGAGGAAACAAUCGGGUCUUGGAUGCUCGCAUUGAACAACCGCGAGGGCCCAACGAUGUUAUCCCUAGGAAGAGAUCCGACUGGCGCAGUGCCGUCGACUGAUCGAUUUAAGGUCGCGAAAGGGGCAUAUGUCAUCGAAGAUGUGGCUGGAGCCAAGCUCACUCUGGCCAGUUGCGGUACAAAUCUCCAUUAUGCCGUCGAGGCCGCGAAAACGCUAUCUACUUGUGGCGUUCCAACUCGUGUUGUCAGCUGUCCCAGCUUCACCCACUUUGAUCAACAGAGUAAGCAGUAUCGCCGCAGCGUUUUCCCUACGGACGGUACUCCGAUUGUGAGUGUGGAAGAAUACGUUGCAACGACAUGGGCAAGAUACGUCACAGCGAGUAUCAGCAUGGUUUCUUACGGGUACUCCGCCUCUAACCCCAGCAACUAUGAUCGUUUCGAACUGGAUUCCAAGGGCAUUGUGAAGCGUGUGCGAAGAUACUUGGAUGAUCUGGGGGAGGAAAAUGCGAGAAUGGCAGGAUGGAGGCAAAUCUGA